CAUGUAAACUCGUUAUUUGAUCUAUAUGUUUGUCAGUCACAGGCAUGGCGGUGGGUGGAUUGCCAGCACUGAAAUGGACAGAAAACGUGUACAGUAUUUCGGAGAUUAUACACAAUCCAGACUUCGAACUACCCAUGUUGGUGAAGGUCGAAGAGGGAAUAUGCAGUGAUAAUGAUUCCGAAACAUUUUCUCGAGAUGAUCUCCUAAAAUUUGAUUCUGUCAAAUCUAUACCAAAAGUUGUAGCAUGCUGUGUCGACUACAGGGGACGACGGAACACCACCGAUACACUCCGUGAAGACGCUUAUGGCUAUGUUCAGAGAAGUAUGGACUUAACCAUUCCUCUAAGGUACAAUGGUGUUGUCAAAAUAUAUCACCCGGAGGCUGGCGUUAAGGUCUACAAUAGCGUCAGUGAAUUGAUCAGAGAUCAUCCACGAUUCGUUCAGGCUGUCGAUGACUUCGUAACAAGUGAUAAUGUUAAAGUUAACAGCAAUUCAACCAUUGAGGUCCUUCGAUGUAUACCUGGUAAGGGCCUGGUUGGUUGCGUGAUAGAGGAUGAUCAAAGACAUCUUGAGAUGGACAGCCAUGCCACAUGUAAAUUACGUCUAUUGCCUGACAACACAGAAUACACACUACAGGAGAUCACCCGAAGGUUUGCUUUUCCUCAAUAUGUAACGUUUCAAAAGGAAAGUGGUCUAAACCUAGAGACUUCUAACAUACAAGAGGCCAUUGAGCACUCAAGAAUUUUUGAGGGCACCGUAAAAAUAAUGAGUCGUAUUGAACAGAAAACAAUGAUUGGUCAUUACAAGCCUCCGGAAGUGGAGGCAACGAAUGAUACAUAUCGGUGUCAAAGAACACUCGUCAUUAUUCCGCUUGACAGUCCGACGGCGAAAGAUAUCGAAGUGAGGGUUUCACUCAACGCACAAGACGAUGAUGACUAUGAGUUGGUAAUGGCGAGGAACUUCUCAACGAGAAACGCUGUCAAUGAAGAGAAUAUUGACGGAACCAUAUAUAUGGACUUUCUCAAAACACCGAAGCCUACUUUCGUGGAUUAUGAAGAAAUUGAAUCCGUUCCUCCUAGACGGGCCAACGGAAACGAGAACAACUCAAAGAUUUCUCCUCCUCGUCGUCCACCUCCUCCUCCUCGUCCUACUCGUCCUCAUCGUCCACAGAAACAGUGACUAAGUCAUGAGACCGGACUCUUCAUGUUGACAGCCAGGGACAUUGGUAUCGAGGAGUCAAUCAAAGGAUUUCGGCUAGAGUAAAAAAGGAUACAAUGAACUUUCUCUGUGACGAUCGGUAGCUUGGAGAUCCGGACGAGUUUAACUUAGCUUACCACACUGGAAGCUUGGGGACGGGUAUUGGAAUGGAUAUUAAUUUGGCUUACUACACUGACAGUUUGGGGACGAGUAUGUAAAUAAAUACAUAUUAACUUGGCUUUACACACAAGAAGCUUGGGGACGAGUAUGAGAGUACAUACUAACUUCGCUUACUACACAGGUAGUUUGGGGACGAGUAUGGAAAUAAAUACAUAUUAACUUGUGGCUAAACACACAGGAAGCUUGGGGACGUGUAUGGAAAUAUAUAUUAACUUUGCUUACCACACAGGAACCUUUGGGACGAGUAUGGGAGUAUAUAUAUUUACUUGGCUUACCACACAGGAAGCUUGGGGACAAGUAUGGGAGUAUAUAUGUUAACUUGGCUUACCACACAGAAAGCUUGGGGACGAGUAUGGGAGUGUAUAAAUAUUAACUUGACUUACCACACAGGAAGCUUGGAGAUAGAAAAUUUGCCCACGAAUCACAUUAAUUCAAACCAAAUUGACAUGACAAAUUGACUGUUCAGCUCCUAUCUCUGUAAGAACUGAAUAUAAAAAGUCUAUGAUGUCCUGUUAAGGGUGUCAUGGUAUGACAACUAGAACAGUAUUUUAUAUCUGUACAAAAUCGCGUGGGUCAAUCAAAAUACUUUUACCUGGAAUAAAUGUGCUGUGAAAUGACA